GACUCCGCUGCCGCAAAAACACAUCAGCAGGAGGCGCCAGUGCGCUGCAGAACAGGAAAACCACCGAAGAAGAAGAAGAACCAGGAAGCGUGAGAUCGCGGAGGAGGCUGAUUGAUCAGAUGGAAGGUGAGUCAGGCGACAUCAUGGUGACCUCAGCAAACAGGAAGUGCUCUGCUGUCACAGGAAGUGCCAGAAAGAUCAAAGAUAAUGCGGCCGACUGGCACAACUUGAUGCUGCGGUGGGAAAAACUAAGCGAGGAUGGAUUCAACACUGCAGCGAACAUCGUUAACAUGAGGAUUUCUCAGAGUAGUCAGCAGCAGCUGGUGGACGAGUCUCCAUCACCUUCAUCACUUCCAUCGGCUCCAGCAGGUGGGGCUGCAGAGCUGCAGGACGAAUGCCACAAACUUCAGGACGUCAUCGACAAAAUGGUCGUCGUGGUAACAAAGAUGGAGCAUCUGAUGACAUCACAGCGAGGCAUUCAGGAUCUGGAGGAAUUUCACUUUGGACCCGGAGGAAGAAAGUUUCCUCUGUUUCACACUUGGAACACCAAACAGUUUGAGUCGUCGUCCGGGGUUCUGUGGGAAGCCUUCAGCCAGGAGCUGAAGUUGAAGCAGACAGUCCUGCAGGAACUUGCCCACACUGCGACCUCUGACCUCUGCAUGGUCUACCUGUCCUGCUGGCUGCACCAGCCCUUCACCCCCCCCCAGGCCAGACUGACCCUUGAGGCUCUGCUACUGGAGACAGGACACCGCCCACUGUGAUGUCACCUGUCCUCCGGAGUCAAGUGAUCGAUGUCAGGGUCACCUCUGAUGACCUAGGUGUUAGUGUAGCGUGGCACCGAGUGUGGACGUGGGGAAAUUGCUAGCCUGAUUAUUUCUGGUUUAUCAAACAGGUGUAGAAACAGAAGCAGGUAAACUCGGUGACUCUUUACGGUUCAGUGCGUUUGUCUCAGAGCAGCUCGAAUGUCUGAAGCCUCAGAUCAUCUGUGAAUGUUGUUAAAUGUCUGUUAAGUGUUGCCAUAAAAUUCACUUUGCUGUUUCA